AUGCAAAGUUUUGUUGAUUCAGAUUAUAAAAAAAGAACUAGUAGUAAUAAUGAAACUUCCGAAAGAUUUAUGAACUCAAUACAAAAUUGUGAUAAAGAAGAAAAGAGAAUAUUAGAAGAUGAAAAUGUGCAAAAGAACUUGUCAUUUAUUAAUAAUGAUAAUAUAUAUAAUAAAAAGUUAUCUAAUCAAUUGAAGACAAAUGAUAAUUAUAAUAAUAGUAAUAUGAAUACUCCUAUUUGUUCUGUAAAAUGUUUAAGCAAUAAAAAUAUUUCCAUGGAGAAUUUAAAUAAUGAAGAAUCAAAUACACAAAAAAAUUUAGAAGAGGCUGUAAAGAGGAGAAAAAAAAUUAAAGAAAUUUUAUUAGAAUAUAAUUCAUUAAAUUUGAGUUUAUCUAGUGAUAACAUAGAUAUAUCAAAAGAUAAAUCACCAAACAAUAAUAAUAAUAAUAAUAAUAAUAAUAAUAAUAGUAAUAGUAAUAAUGUAAUUGGAAAGGAUGAAUAUAAUCCUAUUGCUUAUAAAAAAAAUAUAUCUGAAGAAAAACAUUUUAAUACAAUAAAUGAUAAAAUAGCAAGUAAUUAUAAUUCAUAUAAUAAAUGCAGUAUUAAAAAUAAUGAUACGUUGAACUAUAAUAAUUACUCAAAUAAUAUAGAUAACAAUAUUCAUAACUUAAAAUCAAUAAAAAAUCGGGAUCUUCUAGAUAAAUCAUUAGUUUCGAAUGAUGAUGAAAUAGAUGAUUAUAAAACAUUUUUAACCUUAGAUAGCAAUCAAACAAUUUUUAAAAACAAACCACUUAAAGUGCCAGAUCUUUCUUUUUUAAAUAAUAGUAGCAGAACCUUUAGUAAUACUGAUUUUCUUCACGUGGAUAAAAAUAAUAAUAAUAAUGAUAACAAUAGAGAAGUUGAUAGUGAAGAACGUACUAAUUUUGUUAGGAAAAAAAUCAUUUAUGAACAAUUAGAUGGAUUAUCCUUCUGUUAUGAUAAUGAUAGUAAGAACUUUAAUUUUUCACCUGGACUCGAUGAUCAUGAUAAAUCAAUACAAUUUCAAAAAAACCACAAAACAGGUAAUAUAUAUGAAUGCAACAAUAAAAAUUAUCAUAUGAAUGAUAAAAAUUUGAACAUAUUUGAAUUAAAAAAAGAAAAUAAAAAUAAUAUAGUUAAGAAUUAUAUUAAAAUUAAUAAAGUUGAAAAUUCUAAUAUAGAACAGUUAAUUAAUAAUCAUAUGAAUAAUUCACAUAAUUAUAUCUUAGACAAUAAAAAGUAUGAUAUAGAUGGUAAAAAUUACAAUGUAGAUAAUAAUAUAAUAAAAAAAAUGCAUAAUACUAAAAAUUUAAAUAAUCCAACUGAUUAUAAUCGUAACUGUAGAAUUAUUUAUAAAAAUGCUUUUGAAAAUUUUCAUUAUAAUAAUAAAAAUACUAAUAUAAAUAGAGAUAAUAUAUAUUAUAAUAAUAAAGAAAUAGAAAAAGAUGUAGUAGUAGAAGGGAAAAAAAUAGAUUAUAUUAAUAAAUUUAAUAAUAGUAGUAGUAUUGUGUAUCCAUAUGAAUUAAAAUCUAAAAAUGCAAUAAUAUCAGAAAAUAUAUGUAAAAGUAAAAAUAAAAUAUAUGAAAAUUUGAAUUAUGCAAAUAUAGAAUAUAAUAAACCUACAUAUAAUAAAAACGAUUUUCCACAAGAUGAAGAAACUUAUUUAAAUUUUUCUUAUAUGAAAAAUAUAGAAAAAUUUAAAGAGUUAUUAAUAAAUGCUACUAGAGAUAAUUUAAAUGAAUAUAUCAAAUGUUUACAAAAUAUAAAUAAUAAAAAAUUAAAACAUUAUAAACAUUAUCUUAAACAAGUAAAUAAUUAUAAUAUUAGUCAAUAUUUUAAUAAAACAUUUAAUGUAUCUACAAAUGUAAAAAAUAUCAAAGAAUCUAAAUUACACAAAUCAGAUUCUUUUUCUUCAUUACCUAAAUCUAUCAAUGAAAGUGAUGAAUUAAGUACAACAACAUAUAGUGCAAAUAGUAGUAAUGAUAACAGUAUGAAUAAAUACCAUAAAAAUAAUUAUAAUAAUAUUAUUAUUGAUAGUAGUUGUUGUAGUAGUAGUAUUAGUAAUGAUAGCUUUUGUAGUAAUUUUACAAAUAAAAGUGUAACGUAUAGUAAUAAAAUGGAAAUUUAUAAAAACAAACGAAAAUCAAAUUUUAAUUCUACUAGUAUGUUAUUACCAUCAGUAAGUAAACAUGAAAUUAUUUGCCAUUCUGGAAAUAUUAAUAAUGAGUCUAGAUUAAAUUUAGUUUAUAAAAAUAUGAAAAAAGGAAUGUAUCAUAAUAAUAAAAAAAAUAGAUAUUAUUCUAGUUUUAAUAAUUUUACACCAAAACUACACAAAUUCAUAAUAAGGAAAAAUGAUUUUCCUUAUAUUAAAGAAAAAAAUAGUUUUAAUAGUUUGAAAAAUAUAAAUAAUGAAAAAAAAAAUAAAACAUAUAAAAUAAAUAAUAAUAAUAAUAAUAACAAACAUAUAGAUAGUAUAAAUUAUAUUAAAAAUAAUAUAUAUCCUUAUAAAAAUAACAAUAAAAACAAAAAAAGAAAUUUUUUUUUUUCUUUUAAUACAGAUUCUGAAGAUUAUAAUAAUAAAUAUUUAAACGAUUCUUCUUUUUCAAUGUUACGAAGUCAUUCCUAUGAAAAUCAUUUUAAGCAUAUAACAUAUGAUAAUCAUUUAAAUGAUCCAAAAAAAGAUUAUAUAAAAUAUAGAGAUAAUAAUAAUAAUAAUAAUAUUAGUAAUGAUAAUUAUUAUAAUAGUCAUUUUGGAAAUUAUAACCAUGAACUUAUUGAACAUCCAAAUGAUGAAAAAGAUGCAAAUGAAAAGUCAUAUAAUAAUAUGAAUAGAAAUAUAUUUUUUAAUAAAUUAGAAUCUUCAGAAAACGAAAAUGAAAAUAUUAAUUAUGGUAAAGUGGAUAGUAAAUGUUCAGAAACAUCAUUUCAUAAAAAUAAAAAUGAAAUAAUCAACCAACAUAUAAUGUGUAAUAAUUAUCAUGAUGGUAUGAAUAAGAAUAAAAUUUAUGAAAUGGUUCAUGCUAAUUUAAAUGAAUAUGAUACUUCAAAUAAGAAUUAUGAACUAAAGAAACAUAUUAUAAAUAAUAUGAAUAAUAAUAUAAAUAAUAUAAAUAAUAAUAAUAAUAAUAAUAAUAAUAUUUGUUUGUCCAACAAAAAUGAUUUUUCACAAAAUGAUGAAUAUCUAUUCAACAAAUCAAAUGACAAAGAAAUGUUUGUUAAUAUGAAUCAUGAAUCAGCCACAACUCUUUUAAAAAAAACAACAAUUAAUGAUAUAGAAUCUUCCAUAAAAAACGUUACCAACAAUUAUGAUAUAAAUGAUAUAUCCAUAAUAAACAAAAAAGAAGAAAAAUGUGAUAUGAAUGAAGAAAAGAUAUCUAAUGUAAAUUUCGAAGAAAACGAAUACAAAAAUUUUAUAAUAGAUGCUGAUUAUGAUUUAGUUGAAAAUAAAAAUAUUAAUGAUAUAUCUGAUGAUAACAAGACAAGUGCUGGAGAAGAUAAAAAUGAACAUGUUUCAUUCAUAAAUGAAAGAAACAAAGAAAAUCUCCAUAAUUCAUUAUUGUUUAACACAAAGGGGAAAAAUAUGGAAGAUAUAAUUGAUACUUUAAAUUAUAAUUCUCAAAAUGGUUCAAACAAUGAAGGGGAAUUAUAUAGAAAAAAUGAAAAAGAUGAUUCGAUUAUUAAUAUCAAUAAUAAUCCAAAUGAAAUAAAGAAAUGUUCACAAAGUGAUAUAAAAAGUGGAAUCAAAAAUGAUAAUAAGAAUAACACAGACAAUAAAUAUAUUUCAAAUGAAAUGCCAAGUAAUAUUCUAAAUGAUAUUCAAAAAGAGAUACAAAAAGAUGUUCCAAAUUUUAUGGAAUAUCAUAGUGAUCUUCCAUAUAAAAUGGAAGGUAAGGACAUUAGAGAAAUUAUGAAAAAUAAUAAAACACGAAUAGAAAAUUUGUAUGAUAAUGAAAAUAAUCAAAGUGAUCUCUGUUUAAGUGAAAAUACAAGUGAAUGGAAUUAUAGUAUAAAUAAUAAUUUAGAACAUAAAAAAAACACACCUCCAUUUUUUAACAUGUAUAAUAAUAUGAAUAAUUCAGAAAAGGAUGUUUCUUAUUCAAUUAAUUCAUAUAAGGAAGAAAAUACCAAUAAAAAUAUGAUCAGAUAUUCAUUUGAUAGUUUUAAUGAAGAAUUUGAAAAUCCAAUUUCAGAACCCACACCAGCAGCUUCUAUUUUUUCUUAUAUAAGUGUAAUGUCUCCAACAAAUGAAGUAUUAAAAGAGAAAAAUAUAUCUAAUAUGAAAAAUGAACAUAAGAAUAAUAUAAAAGAUAUGUUCAAUACAUCUAAUGAAAUGAACGAUGAAACUCUUAAAAAUGAUCAAUUGCAUUAUAAGAAUAAUCAGAAUUAUCAAAAUUCACCAAAUAAUGAAGAAGAAAAGAAACUAUAUAUUAACAGAAAACCAUUAAAUAAGUAUACUAAUUAUAUGGAUCAAUAUCAUAAAAAUAAUAUUAGUGAUGAAAAAUUAUUGAAUCCUAAUUUGUUUUCAAAAAGGGAAGAUAUCAGUAAUUAUAAUAAUGAUAAUUCACACAUUUCUGUAGAUAAUAACAUAACAAAUAUGUAUAAAUAUGAUAAUGUAAAUAAAAAGGAUAUAUAUAAUAUUUAUGAUACCUUAAGUGAAUAUAGUAUAGAUAAUAGAAAAAAAAGUAUUAAUAGCAUUGUAACGAAUAAAAUAAAUAGUUUAGAUAAAAAAUCAAUAAUAAUAAAUAAUAAUAAUAAUAAUAAAAAUAAUAGUAAUAGUAAUAAUUUAUUGGUACAUAACACCGAUUUGUUUAAUCAUCAUAAUAAUAAUAAUUUUAUAUUAUCGAAAACUAAUAAUUCAUCAGAAAAUUUAAGAACGAGCUUAAAAUUAUUAAAAGAUUCCAAUUUGAUAAAUUAUAAAAAGAACGUAAAUUCAGAUAUUGCACAUAGAGUUGUAAAUACAUUAGAAAUUAAACAAGUAAAAAUAAAUACAAAACAAGGUGUUUUUGAAAUAACAGCUGAAGGACAAGUUAUGUUUACCUUUUUAGGGAGAUCCGAAAUAAAAGACUAUAAAAAUGUGAGAAAAAAAAAUAUGAAUAUAGAUAUAUCAAAACCAAGAAAAUUAUUAUUUAUAAUUGAAAUUGAUGGAAUUAAUAUACACAUAAAAGAUGUUUUAAUGAAUAUUGUUCUUGACUUUUAUAAUAUAUUUGAAGAAGAAUUACCUAAAGCACAUAAAGCAAGAUAUGAAUAUGCAUAUAAUGUAGUGGAAACUUUAAAAAAACAUACACCAAAAGUAUCCUUAAUCAAAAAAUGGUUUGGUAUAUAUAAUUUAAUGAGUAAUGGAAGUACUCCUGAUUUUAUUGCUGUAUUGAAUAAUAAUAUUUUUAUUGAAAAAAUUGAAAUUAAAAAUAAUAAUGUUACAUUCAUUUUAAAAGAUCAAAAUAGCAUAACAUUACAUAUUGAUGAUUUAAAUGCAGUUACUACAAACAUUAAUAGAAAAAUCAAUGAAAAGAAAGAAAGAAAUGUAGGAGAUGAACAUGAUUCACUAUUUAAAGAAUUCAUAGAAGAUAAUGAAGAUAUCAAAAUUGUUUUAAUGAAUAUACAAAAAAUGUUAAAAAAGACAGGAAUGUCUAUUGAUAUUAUUAUCCAAAAUUGGUGUAAUACUUUACAAGCUUAUUCAUACUGUCUUAGUUUAUUAACAAAAGGAAAUACAGAAUAUACCAUGAAAAUAAAAAAAACAUUAGCACAUAUAACAGAAAAAACAGAAUUACAUAAAAGAAAUAUAUAUUUUUCUAUAUUCCCAUUGAUAAUAGAAGAAUAA